GCCUCCAGACCUCCGGCACCAUGGGGAAGAGGGACAAUCGGGUGGCCUAUAUGAACCCAAUAGCAAUGGCCAGAUCAAGGGGUCCAGUCCAAUCAUCCGGACCAACGAUACAAGAUUAUCUGAAUCGACCAAGGCCUACGUGGGAAGAAGUGAAAGAACAGCUAGAAAAGAAAAAGAAGGGCUCCAAGGCAUUGGCUGAAUUUGAAGAAAAAAUGAAUGAGAAUUGGAAGAAAGAACUAGAAAAACACAGGGAGAAACUAUUGAGUGGAAAUGAGAGCUCGUCCAAAAAAAGACAGAGAAAGAAAAAAGAAAAGAAGAAAUCUGGUAGGUAUUCAUCUUCUUCUUCAUCAAGCUCUGAUUCUUCCAGCAGUUCUUCAGAUUCUGGAGAUGAGGAUAAAAAACAAGGGAAAAGGAGAAAGAAAAAGAAGAACCGUUCACAUAAAUCUUCGGAAAGCUCCAUAUCAGAAACUGAUUCAGACAGUAAGGAUAGCUUUAAAAAGAAAAAGAAGUCAAAGGAUGCAACUGAGAAAGAAAAGGAUUUGAAAGGACUUGGCAAGAAAAGAAAACUGUGUCCUGAGGAUAAGCCGUUAUCAUCGGAAUCCUUUUCAGAAUCAGAUUAUAUUGAGGAGGGACGAGCAAAAAAGAAGAAAAGCAUUGAAGAACGAGAAAAAGUAACAGAAAAGACGAAGAAGAAAAAGAAGCAUAAGAAGCACAGUAAGAAAAAGAAAAAGAAGGCGGCUAGUUCGAGUCCUGACUCACCGUGAUGGAGGUUACGAAAACCAGGAUUCCCGUAAAAAGAAAGUGCAAUGUCUAAGGAAAUUUCAGCUGUGAGAAAUAUGACCUAUUUACAACAUGCAUGAAUUUUCUUGUUUUAAAAUUUAUUCCUGGAAUUGUAAUAGCCACUCAGACGCUGCUGUGUGAAAGGGCCCUGAUUGUUGCCUGCUGCUUGAACAUCUUUUGUUUCCUCUUCCAGUCCUCUCCAGCUCUGGAGGAAGGACACUGCAGUGAUACUAGUGGUUAAGGAAUAUGGGGGAUAAAGUGAGUAUUUUUUACUAGAAAUAUGUUAUUUAAGGCAGCGGAAUUUGAACCUGGAUACAUGUCGAAGACGUGUUCAGAAAUAUCCAGCUGAUUCUAGAUAUUAGCGUUUUAAAGUGAGGAUUACAUUGAAAUUUCAAAAUCCUUACUCUGUAGAUAGAUGCAUUUUAUUUUUUUCCCUCCUGUAUACUUUAUUUACCUGGGGAAGGAGCUUUUCGGGAGGGAGAGGGUGGUUGGCUAUCUCUAGCUAGCGGAACAGCGUGCCUUUGAUCCUCACGCAUCCCGUUUUUGUGGGUGCCUCAGCCGUGCUUCCUGGGGAGGGCAGAGCUGGCUCCAAGCAGCCUGGCUCUUGACUGAGCUUAGUGAUAUCCUUGGAGUCUGUCUGUGCUACUUUGAGGGAACCAGAGAAAGAGAAAGAGCCCUUUGCAGCAUGAGAGAGCCCCCAAAGCUCUGGAAUUUACCUCCACUUUAAUAAUACUGAAUAUUUUUUAGCAUUAGAAUGUGUUAAUGUUAUUUGAAUUAAUUUUGACUACACUUUGGCUUGGGACAGUAAUCAUUUCAAAUAAACACUGGUACUUUUUGAACUUGAUAGCUUAAAGAUUCUAAAAUGCAUGUUUUAUACUGUUCAAUUUUCACCAGUUAUGAAACCAGUGACAGUUACUUUAUUUUUAUAUGGAUUUUGUUUAGGCUGCAAUGUUUAGCUUUUGUAACUCCUUACUCCUGCUAUCUGAAAGUUUAUUUCUGUGUUUAAUGGCAUAUUUGCUGAGAAAUUAAGCAUGUAAAAACCAGGUUUUGAUUUUUUUUUCCUGUUGUAUUUUUUUAACAGCUUCAUAUUGAAGCUGAGAUUUUUACCAUAUCCAAGUUGAGUGCAAGCCUGGUGUGCUGGAUCUUGUUACAUAAAGCUAUUGCCAGAAUCUUAGUAAAUAUGAUGUU